AUAUUUGAACAGUUUCCCAUCGCCACCAUUGUCAGGAAACAUUUUCGACUUUGCGUCGGGGGCGUCGGGCAGGAAAUCGAGUAGAUUCAGCUCAGAGCAGAAAUGCUACUCAAGGAGCAGAUAAAGUUUGACAUUGAAUGGGGCCACGAGAGGCUCGUGAGGGCUCAACAGGCCGUCGAGCUGCGUCCCUACGACGUGGAGUCGUGGUCGGUGCUCAUCCGGGAGGGCCAGAGUCGUCAUGUGCAUGAGGUCAGAUCGCUGUACGAGUCGCUGGUGUCGGUUUUUCCCACCACGGCGCGCUACUGGAAGAUCUACAUUGAGCAGGAGAUGCGCGCCCGGAACUACGAGAGAGUGGAGAAGUUGUUCCAGCGCUGCCUCGUGAAGAUCCUGAACAUCGAUCUGUGGAAGUUGUACUUGACAUACGUGAAGGAGACCAAAUCCGGGCUCAGCACUCACAAGGAGAAGCUGGCGCAGGCGUAUGAUUUCGCACUGGAGAAAAUCGGCAUGGAUCUCCACUCAUUCUCCAUCUGGUCGGACUACAUUCAGUUCUUGAAGAGCGUCGAGGCGGUGGGAAGCUACGCGGAGAACCAGAAGAUCACCGCCGUACGCAAGGUGUACCAGAAGGCCGUGGUGACACCCAUCAUCGGCAUCGAGAUCCUCUGGAAGGAGUACAUCUCCUUCGAGCAGAACAUCAAUCCGAUCAUCUCUGAGAAGAUGAGCCUCGAGCGCUCGCGCGACUACAUGAACGCUCGCCGCGUGGCCAAAGAACUGGAGAUCGUGACGCGCGGAUUGAAUAGGAAUCUGCCCGCGCUGCCACCGAGUCUCAGCAAGGACGAGGUGAAGCAGGUGGAUCUGUGGAAGAAGUACAUUGGCUUCGAGAAGUCAAAUCCGCUGCGCAGCGAAGACACGGCGCUUGUGACGCGGCGCGUGAUGUUUGCCACGGAGCAGUGUUUGCUCGUGCUCACGCACCAUCCGGCCGUGUGGCACCAGGCGGCGCAAUUCCUGGACCAGAGCUCCAAACUGCUCACGGAGAAGGGUGAUGUGAACGCCGCGCGUGCGUUCAGCGACGAGGCGGCCAAUGUUUUGGAGCGUGCGACAAACGGCGUGCUGAGCCGCAACAUGCUGCUGUACUUCGCGUAUGCGGACUUCGAGGAGGGACGCAUGAAGUACGAGAAGGUGCAUCAGAUGUACAACAAAUUCCUCACGAUUGCCGAUAUCGAUCCCACACUGGCGUACGUGCAGUACAUGAAGUUCGCGCGGCGCGCGGAGGGCAUCAAGUCGGCGCGGGCGGUGUUCAAGAAUGCCCGCGAGGACAUCAGAUCGCGCUAUCAUGUGUUCGUGGCGGCGGCCCUCAUGGAGUACUACUGCAGCAAGGACAAGGACAUCGCCUUCCGCAUCUUCGAGCUGGGCCUGAAGCGCUUCGGCGGCAGUCCGGAGUACGUCAUGUGCUACAUUGACUACUUGUCGCACCUCAACGAGGACAACAACACGAGAGUACUGUUCGAGCGGGUGCUCUCGUCCGGCGGACUGACGCCCCACUUGUCCGUGGAGGUGUGGAACAGAUUCCUCGAAUUCGAGUCCAACAUUGGGGAUCUGUCGAGUAUUGUGAAGGUGGAGCGCCGUCGAAGUGCUGUUCUUGAGAAUCUCAAGGAGUUCGAAGGCAAGGAGACUGCCCAACUUGUGGAUCGCUACAAAUUCCUGGAUCUCUAUCCGUGCUCCGCCGUGGAGUUGCGAUCAAUUGGCUAUUCAGACACAAAGGGCAUCCUCACGACGAAAUCCACCAGUGCGGACACGCCAGAGAGUAUCAAUCAAUUGCCGCGCCUGGAUCUGUCGCAGAUGAUUCCCUACAAGCCAAAACCCAACGCAUUUCCGGGUGAACAUCCGCUCGCCGGCGGCACCUUUCCGCAGCCACCGGCACUGGCGGCUCUGUGCGCCCAGCUGCCGCCGCCGAUCUCCUUCCAAGGCCCCUUCGUGUCCGUGGAGCACCUCAUCGACAUCUUCAAUCGCAUCCAAUUGCCAGAGCCGCCCGUGCCGUCGGGCGAGAACGGCUUCAGCACGAAACUCUUCGACCUGGCCAAGUCCGUGCACUGGAUUGUGGAUGACAGCACCUUCUCCGGCGAGGGUGGGCUCAAGAGGAGGCGCAUUGUGCCCGGUGGUGAUGACAGUGAUGACGAUGCAGCUGCCCCGGCGCCGCCCAGCAACGAUAUCUACCGCCUGCGGCAACAGAAGAGGUUCAACAAGUGAAAAAUAAAAUGCUAAUAAAUGUAAUCUGGACACAA